AUGCCGCCAAUUCGUACCCAGAAGACGACCUCCGUGGGACAACCGUCCCAUCCGUACGCGGGGCACCCAGCUCCAUCAGGACAUACUGUUAAAUCGGAACAAGGUGAGGCCUGGGCAUUUAUGCAACAAGCCGAAUCACCGCAGGUUAAGGUGGAAAACCCCCCAACACAACAAAAUCAUUCCAAGCAACCCAAACAACCCAAAUCUAAGCCUGAGCCCAAGAGUGCACCUUUGGGCAAAGGUGUGAGAGCCGCUGCGUUCCGGAGUAACCUGGAAUGGGAGAAGCAUCGCGACGCGUGGCUUGGAACAGCCACCACGAGCAUUACAUUCGGCUCUUCGUUUGUGCUAAAGCCAGAACAUCUUCACCACAUCGCGUCGUUACCAAGAGUAUGUAACAAACUUACGCACUUUACGUUCGUCUACAACGAUGUAUCAUACGGAGCCACGAACAGCGCCUCUGAUGUCGAUGACGAGUCCGUCAUCAGACUCGCAGAGGCCUGUCCGAAACUAAGGCAAUUUAUCCUGCCAGGAGCAUCAGACGUUAAAGAGAGGGGUCUAAUUGCCCUGUUUGAGAACUGCGACGAGCUGAGGGAGGUCGACAUAUACUCCACCUUCGACGGGACCCCUUUCGAGGUUCUCAAAAACAUCCCCGACCGGCUUCCCAUGCUGAAGAGGCUGCGAAUCAAAGGCUUCAGGGGCAACACUCAGAAAGAAAAGGCCGCCAACAUGAAGCCCAUGCGAGAAGCGACGGCGGCCAGGCCCAAAUUCUGUGUCCAGAUUAUGUCGCGGGUACAGACCAAGAGGCACGGUGACUGGGACUUGGACGAAGAUGUCCAUGAGCAUUACGAGAAGGGAAAGCAGGCUACUACGAAGUAUCGCGAUAGGGAAUCAAAGAAGGAUGCCAGGAAGUUCCAAGAUUGGAUGAUGAGCGGUGGCUGGUGA